AUGCAUUUCCCUUUCCCAUUUUCCAUCUCAUUGUUCUUUUUUAAACUUCCGCGCCACCGCUCCCUUCUUCUCCCCGGGUCUCGGUGGGUCAGCUCCUUCUGUUACUGCUUCGAAUCCAAACCAUAUCAUUUUCGCGGUGCUACUCAAUUGUGGGUUUCAAGAGGUGCUACUUAAUCGCCAUGGCAGACUUAUCCAGGGAGGACAUAAGCAAUACACUUCGGAUACUUGUUGCUACGGAUUGCCAUCUCGGAUAUAUGGAGAAGGACGAAAUACGGCGGCAUGAUUCUUUCCAGGCAUUUGAUGAGAUAUGCUCUAUAGCAGAGCAAAAACAGGUUGAUUUCUUACUCCUUGGUGGUGAUCUUUUCCACGAGAAUAAGCCUUCAAGGUCAACAUUGGUUAGAGCCAUUGAGAUUCUCCGUCGUCAUUGUCUUAACGAUCGGCCAGUGCAGUUCCAAGUUGUUAGCGACCAGACUGUGAAUUUCGCAAAUGUGUUUGGGCAUGUAAAUUAUGAAGAUCCUCACUUCAAUGUUGGUUUGCCAGUCUUCAGUAUUCAUGGAAAUCAUGAUGAUCCCGCUGGAGUGGACAACCUUUCCGCAGUCGAUAUUCUCUCUGCAUGCAAUCUUGUUAACUAUUUUGGGAAAAUGGUUCUUGGGGGUUCUGGUGUUGGUCAGAUUACUAUCUAUCCUAUUCUUCUCAGAAAGGGUUCAACAGCAGUGGCUCUCUAUGGUCUAGGAAACAUUAGAGAUGAACGGUUAAAUAGAAUGUUUCAGACACCACAUGCUAUACAAUGGAUGCGGCCUGAAUCUCAAGAAGGUUGUCAACUGUCAGAUUGGUUCAACAUUUUGGUACUUCAUCAGAACAGAGUAAAGACAAACCCAAAAAAUGCUAUAAAUGAGCACUUUUUACCCCGAUUCCUUGACUUCAUAGUGUGGGGGCAUGAACAUGAAUGUCUCGUGGACCCUCAGGAAGUUCCUGGGAUGGGGUUUCAUGUUACACAACCAGGUUCUUCAGUUGCAACAUCACUCAUUGAUGGAGAGUCAAAGCCAAAGCAUGUACUUCUUUUAGAAAUUAAGGGGAACCAGUAUCGCCCAACUAAGAUACCUUUAACGUCAGUGAGGCCUUUUGAGUAUACAGAGGUCAUAUUAAAGGAUGAACCUGACAUUGAUCCCAAUGAUCAAAACUCAAUUCUUGAACACUUGGAUAAAGUGGUGAGAAAUCUGAUAGAGAAAUCCAGUAAAAAGGCUGUUAACAGAUCAGAGCUCAAACUUCCAUUGGUUCGCAUAAAGGUAGAUUACUCUGGAUUUAUGACAAUAAAUCCUCAAAGAUUUGGGCAGAAGUAUGUGGGCAAGGUUGCAAAUCCCCAAGACAUUCUAAUCUUCUCGAAGGCUUCAAGAAAGGGUCAGCGUGAAGCUAAAAUUGGUGAUUCCGAGUGUCUUCGUCCAGAAGAACUAAACCAGCAGAAUAUAGAGGCUCUAGUUGCUGAAAAUAAUCUGAAAAUGGAAAUCCUUCCCGUCAAUGAUUUGGAUGUUGCAUUACACAAUUUUGUUAACAAGGAUGACAAAAUGGCUUUCUAUGCUUGUCUGCAAUACAAUCUUGAAGAAACACGAAACAAAAUUGCCAAGGAUGCAGACACUCUGAAGUUUGAAGAGGAAGACUUAAUUCUUAAAGUUGGAGAGUGCAUGGAGCAACGUGUCAAAGAAAGGUCUACUCGCCCUAAAGAUACUUCACAAUUUAUGUCUCCUGCUAAGUCUUCGGAGGAUCCAACAAGUAGAACUGCUGCUGGAACAGGAAGUGCUGUUUCCUUUAGUGAUGACGAAGACACAACACAAAUAUCUGGCUCGAGAGCUAGUGUAAGAGGUCGGAGAGGGGCAUCUAGGUCAUCUCGUGGUGCUUAUGAACUUGGAAAAAGUAGGACUUCUGCAAGAGGAAGAGGUAGGGGCAGAGGUACCAGUAACUUGAAGCAGUCAACUCUUGAUGCAGCUCUGGGGUUCCGUCGUUCUGAAAGAUCUGCAUCAGUUUCUGCAACAGCUGCUGUCCAAAGUAUUGCUGAUGAUGAGGAUAAUGUAGAAUCUGCUUCAAGUGAAGAAGCUGGGAAAUAUGGAAUUGAUGUGGUUGAUGACAGUUUGGAAAAUGAUGCAAGUUUACAAGGCAAAGGACACAAAAGGGCUGCUACUAGGGGAAGAGGUGGAGGUUCGAAGCAAUCCUCUAAACGGGGAAGGAAAACUGACAACUCUACUAUUCAUAAAAUGUUCAUGAGCAAAGACGACGAUGAAGACGACGACGACAGUAUGGCAAAGAGAUUAAAUAAAUCUCAACCUCGGGUAACAAGAAACUACGGUGCUUUAAGAAGGUAAAAUCACAUCGUGAGAUCCCAGUUGUCCAGAUGUUCUGCUAUAUAAUCUACCAUGAAGAAAUCUCAGAUGAGAUAUUUAAUCUUGUACGAGGAAAUGUGGGAUGAGCUAUUAUAUAUUACAAUGCGGCAGGAUAAAAUGUUAAAGUUCAAUGUCUUCAACGGAAGUAUUCGUCCAUCUUGUGAAUUGCAAUGAUUGAUUGGCAGAUAUAUAGUACCAGCUUAUGUUUA